AUGUCCACCACUGACGACGCCGCUGCCGAGCGCGAAGAGCGUCUCAAAUCCGCCCUCUGGUACUCCAUCGGCCAAUUCGUCGACGAAGAAUGUCUGACAUGCGACCUAAACGCAACCCCACAAUUCAUCGGCGCCCUCACAGAACUCGUGUACACUCAAAUCGCAAACACAUCCCACGACCUAGAACUCUUCUCUGCCCAUGCCGGCCGUAGCGUCAUCACGCCCGCUGACGUGAUGCUGCUCGCGCGACGAAACGAGAAAUUGGAGGAGUAUAUGCAGAUGGAAUUGAGUGCGAUACGGGCUGCUGAGGGGAGGAGGGUGGGCGGGGAACCUGUUGUUACUGCUACUGCUGGUGGUGGUGGCGGGGCGAAGAAAAGGGGGCGGCCGAGUGGUACUGGUGGGGGGAGGGGAAGGGGAAAAGGCAAGAUUUAG